AUGUGCCAGUGCGGAUACCUGCUGCCUCCGGGCCGGCGCAAGCUCGGCGUCCCUACGUCGGGGUCCCUGUGCCGUGGAGCGAGUCCCCGGCAGCCCCUUGGUGGGACUCGUGUCCCCAGCAUGCCCGCGGGGCAGGGCCGUGCUCCUGACCAGGUCUCCUGUGUCCUAGGUAUGGUCCUCGUGCGCAGUGAAAACGGGCAGCUGUUAAUGAUCCCUCAGCAGGCACUGGCCCAGAUGCAGGCCCAGGCCCACGCCCAGGCCCAGCCUCAGACCACCAUGGCUCCCCGCCCUGCAACCCCCACAAGUGCCCCUCCCGUCCAGAUCUCCACCGUACAGGCCCCUGGGACGCCCAUCAUCGCCCGGCAGGUGACCCCAACUACCAUAAUUAAGCAAGUGUCUCAGGCCCAGACAACAGCCCAGCCCAGCACCACGCUACAGCGCUCGGCCGGUGUGCAGCCUCAGCUUGUCCUGGGUGGUACUGCCCAGGCAGCAUCACUAGGGACGGCAACGACUGUGCAGACGGGGACGCCACAGCGGACCGUCCCGGGAGCAGCCACCACCUCUACAGCUGCUACGGAAACCAUGGAGAACGUGAAGAAGUGUAAGAACUUCCUGUCAACGCUGAUCAAGCUAGCUUCAUCUGGGAAACAGUCCACAGAGACGGCAGCAAACGUCAAAGAGCUUGUGCAAAACUUGCUGGACGGAAAAAUCGAAGCUGAGGAUUUUACUAGUAGGUUAUACCGAGAACUCAAUUCUUCACCUCAACCGUACCUUGUGCCUUUCCUAAAGAGGAGCUUACCCGCCUUGAGACAGCUGACCCCCGACUCGGCAGCCUUCAUCCAGCAGAGCCAGCAGCAGCCUCCGCCGCCCGCACAGGCCACCACGGCCCUCACAGCGGUGGUGCUGAGCAGUGCUGUCCAGCGCACGGCCGGGAAGACGGCGGCCACCGUGACCAGUGCCCUCCAGCCCCCUGUCAUCAGCCUCACGCAGCCCACACAGGUUGGCGUUGGCAAGCAGGGGCAGCCCACACCACUGGUGAUCCAGCAGCCUCAGAAGCCGGGAGCCCUCCUGCGCCCUCCCCAGGUGACACUGACGCAGACGCCCAUGGUCGCCCUGCGGCAGCCACACAACCGUAUCAUGCUAACCACGCCGCAGCAGAUCCAGCUCAACCCCCUGCAGCCGGUCCCUGUGGUCAAAUCUGCUGUCCUGCCUGGAACCAAAGCCCUGUCUACCAUCUCGACACAAGCAGCUGCUGUGCAGAAGAAUAAACUCAAGGAACCUGGGGGAGGUUCUUUCCGGGAUGAUGACGACAUCAACGAUGUCGCCUCAAUGGCGGGAGUAAACUUGUCUGAAGAAAGUGCAAGAAUAUUAGCCACGAACUCUGAGCUAGUUGGGACGCUAACGAGGUCUUGUAAAGACGAAACGUUCCUCCUCCCAGCUCCCUUACAGAGAAGAAUAUUAGAAAUAGGUAAGAAACACGGCAUCACGGAACUGCAUCCCGACGUCGUAAGCUACGUGUCGCACGCCACGCAGCAGAGGCUGCAGAACCUUGUAGAGAAGAUUUCAGAGACGGCACAGCAGAAGAACUUCUCCUACAAGGAUGAUGAGAGAUAUGAGCAGGCAAGUGACGUCCGGGCUCAGCUCAAGUUCUUCGAGCAGCUCGAUCAGAUUGAGAAGCAGAGGAAGGACGAGCAGGAGAGGGAGAUUCUGAUGCGAGCUGCCAAGUCUCGAUCCAGACAAGAAGAUCCAGAACAGUUAAGGCUGAAGCAGAAGGCGAAAGAGAUGCAGCAGCAGGAGCUUGCCCAGAUGAGGCAGCGAGAUGCCAACCUCACGGCACUGGCAGCCAUCGGGCCCCGGAAGAAGAGGAAAGUGGAUUCUCCAGGACCAGGGUCAGGAACAGAG